CCUUCGCGCAGUCCGCGGCGGGGCAAGAUGGCGGCGCUGAGGGCUCUGCGCAGCCUCCGGGGCGUCGCGGCCCGGGCGCUGCGGCCCGGGGGCCGGCUGCCGGUUCAGCCCAGCAGAGGUGCUCGGCAAUGGCAGCCAGAUGCGGAAUGGGCAGAGCAGUUUGGGGGAGCUGUCAUGUACCCCACCAAAGAAACAGCCCACUGGAAGCCUCCACCUUGGAAUGAUGUGGACCCUCCAAAGGACACAAUGGUGACAAACCUGACCCUGAACUUUGGGCCCCAGCACCCAGCAGCUCACGGUGUCCUGCGACUAGUGAUGGAAUUGAGUGGGGAGAUGGUGCGGAAGUGUGACCCCCACAUCGGCCUGCUGCACCGAGGCACUGAGAAGCUCAUUGAAUACAAGACCUAUCUGCAGGCCCUUCCGUACUUUGACCGGCUAGACUAUGUGUCCAUGAUGUGCAACGAACAGGCCUACUCACUGGCUGUGGAGAAGUUACUCAAUAUCCAGCCUCCGCCCCGGGCUCAGUGGAUCCGAGUGCUGUUUGGAGAAAUCACACGGCUUUUGAACCACAUUAUGGCUGUGACUACACAUGCCCUGGACAUUGGGGCCAUGACCCCUUUCUUCUGGAUGUUUGAAGAGAGGGAGAAGGUAAGAGAAGGAGGAUAGGAUAGGCAAGGGGGUACAAGAAGUAGAGAAGGUUCUUGAAGAAGAGACGAGAUUAAAAGGAGAGAGAACAUAGAACAUUUAAAGGAAGAAGGUCUAAUUAAUUUGGGUUAUGUUCUUUUUUCUUUUUUAAAGAUUUUAUUUACUUGUCAGAGGAGAGAGAGUUCACAAGCA